AUGGAGUAUAAGGAAAAGCCAGAGGGGCCAUUUAUAGUCUCCUUUUGCGUCACAAACUUUACAUCAUCUGAUGAUUCAUUUGGAUACACAAUUAAAUUAACAGAUUUUUAUAACAACUCUUAUGAGUCAAAUAUAAUAACUAAAAAUAAUUUAAGAAACAUAAAUUUUUCCAGUAACUAUAUUGGAAUAGAUGAAGAUAAUGCAAUAAAUGAUGUUGUUGAGAAAUUUAUAAAUCUUGAUAUUUUUGUAAAUAUUAAUGAUAAUCUUAUAUGUAUUGGAAAAGAAAAUAUAAAACUUUUCCCUUUUUUACAUGAACAAUUAACAAUAACAAAAGAUGUAAUAAUAUCUUAUAAAUGUCAAGACAAAUCUUUGGAUCAAAUUUGUCAAAAUAAUGAAGAAAAUAAAAAUAGUGAAAAAGAAGAUGAUACACAAGAUGGGGAAAAAAAAAAAAAAAAAAAAAAAAAAAAUAGUUCAAAAAAUAAAAUCACAAAACAAGAUCAAUUGUUAACACAGAACAUUGAUGCAAGGUUUUGUAUAACCUUAAAUAUAAAUACAUUGAUCGGAGAAUAUGCAGGACGAUUGAAUCACAACAUCAUGACAAUGCAUGUUGAGGGUGUAUUCAAUGUUCACAAUAAUUUAGAAGAAAAAAUUUUGAAAAAAAAUUCUUAUUCUUUUCAAAUCAUGUUUUUGGAUUUAUGCUUAAAUGAUGGAAAACUUGUAAAAGAUGACCAAUCAGAUCAAUAUAAAAUUGUUUGGAAUCAAAAUGAUAUAUACAAAUAUAGAAAUGUAAAGGAAACAGAAUAUAUAUACAACUUCUUAUUAUAUGAAACUUUUAAUAUUAAUGCAUAUUUACUUUGUCUUAAUGAUGGAAAACGCCGAAGUGCAAACACUACUUCAACAUCUAUAGUUGAAGAUUUGAGUGGGAAAUUUGAAGUUAAUGUAACAGAUUUAAUAUCAAACAAAGUAAUAAAUACGAAAUAUAAGUUACAACUCUUGGAAAAUAGUAAAAAAGCUAAAGAAGAUGAAGACGAAAAGAAAAAUGAUAAAACAUUUAUUUUUGCCAACUCUUACAUAUUAUUAACAAUACAGUUUUAUAAGCCUUUUCUGAAACGAAAAUUAAUUGAAAGUCCCUUAAAUCUAGACUGUUUUAAAAAUUUGACAAUUCAAAAUGUAAAAGAUGUGAUUGAUAAAAAAAAUGAAAAUAUCAGUGACCUAUUUAACAGUUACAUUUUGAAUGGAAUCGAAUUAAUAAAUACAGAAAUAGACAAACUUGGAAAAAAUGAACAUAUAAAACUUUAUCAAAUGUCAAAAGAAUAUUCUAAUUUUUUAAAUAAUUUGAAAGAAAAUGAAAAAUAUAUUAAUUUGUAUAACAACAUUAAAAAUGUCAUGAUAAAAAUAAUGUACGAACUAAUAAAUAAAAAUAUUUACAAAAAUUUUAAUUUAAACGAUUACAAAAGUUUUAAAGGAGAGCAAAUAGACGAAAGUAUGAAUGAAAAUAAAGAAAAAAAAAAUAUAAUUCAAGAAAAGGUUCAAGAUGGUGAUAAUGAAAAUAAUAAUAUUGAUUGUAAAAAUUAUAUAUCUGAUGAGAACACAAAUUAUAUAUAUACACAACUAUUUAAUAUAAUGGCUGAAUCAUGUAAUGUUGUUAUAAAUAACUAUUUUGAAAAAAAACAAGACAUUAACAAUAGUUCUAUAAAAGAAAUAAAAAAUAAAAAUAAUAUAAAAGAUAUAGAACAAUAUUUAUUUACAAUAUUUUGUGAAAAUGAAUUUUUAUUAAAAAAUAAAAAAAAUGAAAAUUUUGCUGAAGCUAUAUUAAUUAUACUUUUUAAAAAAAUUUACUCAUUAUAUGAUUAUAAAAAAAAUGAUAUGGAAAUUUUGGAAAAUCAUAAAUAUAAUCAUAUUAUUAAUAUUAUCGAAAAUAUUUCAGGAGAAAAUUCAGAUGGAAUAAAUAAAUCUACCCCAAAUAUAGACCAGUCAUAUAUUUAUAAUAAAAUGGAAGAGAAAGAAAAAAAAACAUAUUCCUCUAAUAAUAACAAUAAUGAUAUAAAAGGGUUAAUAUUAUCAAUAUAUACCAAAAAUAAAAGUGAAAAUAAUUCUAAUUCUUAUUUAAUUGACUAUAUUGAAAAUUAUGAACAUGUCCAAAAAAAUAAUGACCAAGACACACACACAAAAGGAGAAAAUGAAGAAAACGAAAAAAAUGAAGAAAACGAAAAAAAUGAAGAAAACGAAAAAAAUGAAGAAAACGAAAAAAAUGAAAAAAAAAAAAACAUUGACAAACAUGAAGAUAUAAUAUCAAUCUUUAACUUGAAACAAAAUAAAGAAAUAAAAAAUUUAUUUACAUAUAUAUUAUAUAAAUAUUCAAAAAUUUUAUUAAUAACAAAUAAUAUAAAUCAAUUUGGUAAACAAAAUAAUGAACAAGAACAACAAGCCAAGUAUACAGAAUAUUGUACACAAAAUGAAAGAAACACAUUUAUUACUCAAAAUUCUACUUCAAAUAAUUUAGAAUAUAACGAUUGUUUUGAAUAUCAUUCCAAUUAUGAUUCAUACCAAAAGUACAUUCAACCUCAAAAAAUGCAGUCAGCCAUUUUGUCCCUCUCCACCUAUAUACAGCUCACCAAUUUUGAAAAUAUAGAGAGCAUUUUGAUGCUAAGUCUACUAUAUCUAAACACCCAAAAAUAUGACGAAGCAAUACAGAUCGCAAAUUAUCUUAUAGAAAUUCUUAAAGAAAAUAAAUCAGAAGAUAAAAGCAAAGAUGAAAUGGAUAUGAAAAGUCUAUAUUUGCAUAGUUCAUUUAACUAUAACAAGAUAUGUAUAAGUAAAGAAAUAUGCAUAUAUAUAAAAGCACUUUGCUAUUUUUUCCAGCAUAAUUAUAUAUAUUAUUAUAUUAACAUGAAUAUAAUUUUAAACACAAAUGAAAAUGUAAUUCAAAAAGAAAUUGAAAAAAACUCCAACUUUUUUAAGAAUGAAAACUUCAAAAAAACAAGCAAUGUAUAUGUGUAUGAUAAUAGCAACGAUCAAAAUGAACUGAACGAAAUAAAUUUACAAAAAGAUGAAAAGGUAGAUAAAAAAAGUCUUAAGAAAAAAAAAAAUGAAGACAAAGAAAAUAGAAAUAUGGAAAAGAAAAAGACAAAUGAAAAUGAUAAAGUUCAAGCGGAUGAUACAUUCAAAAGGUUAGAACUAGACAAUACAAAAUUAAGCAAUACAAAUGUAGACAAUACAAAAAACAGUCCAAGACCAUUGAUCGAUAUUGAAAAGGAAAAAGAAAAAAAACUAUCAAAAAAAAAAGAAGAAAAUUUAUUAGUUGUUAAAAAAAUAACCACAAUAAAUUGUUCUGAAGUUAAUAUAAAUGAUAUACCAUUGAAAGAUAAGUAUAUGAUUUUAUUUCUUAUAUAUUGCUUAAAAUUUAAUAUUUUAAAUAUUGUUAUGUAUAUAUAUGAAAAUAAUAAAAUGUUUUUAACUGAUGCAACUUUGAAAACAUCUUUGUAUAGACAAUUAAUUAUUAGAUUAUUUUUUUCUCUAAAAGAUUUUACAAAAUGUAUUAAAAUUAUCGAUGAAACAAAAGAAUAUAAUAAUAAUUUAGAUAUUUUGUAUAUUUAUGCAGAAUCACUAUAUAAAUUAAAAGACUAUAAAAAGUCCAUUACAUAUUUAAAGGAAUAUUUAGAUUUAUGUGCUUAUGAUAACAUACGGGCAAAAAUAUAUAUACAACUAACCAAAUUAUAUAUUUGUUUAAAUCAACAUGAAGAUUCUAAAACCAUGAUUAAAAACUCUUUGCAAAUAAAUAAAACAAGUUAUGCAUAUUUAUAUUUUUCUUAUUACUAUUUCAAAAAAAAAAAAUAUAUAUAUGCAUACAAAUUGUUAUAUAAAUCCAAUGAAAUUAACAUUUUUAAUCAUAAAAUAUGGGCAUCUCUAUCUAUUAUAUUAUUGCAUUUAAAUAUGAAGAAUGAAGCGGAUAAAUGCUUAAAUAAUUUCAUUAAAAUGAAAAGGUAUAAAAAAGAAACAAUCAUGGAAAUAAUCGAAGCAUACAAAGAACUUGGUUAUGAAAAAAGUGAAAAACAAUUAUUAAAUUUUUUGUCUCAACAAAUAAAUGACAAUUGUGGAGAAUAA